AUGAUUGGCAACGAAGAGUAUGUGUAUGAAUUGAUCAACGACGAAACAGAUGCUCGUAUUUGUGCUCAACUAUUAGCUGAUGAGUUUGUCGUACACGAGCCUAUCACUCGUUUUGACAAAAUUUCAUCGAAGCUUUUUUUUGACCAGAUAUCAUGGCCAUGGAUGAAACAUGCGUUCGUCGAAGGAUUAUCAUUUCUUGCACGGCAUCGGCCCUCGGGUAACAUCGUCGCGGCUAUCAUUGCUACUGAUCUCUAUCUUAGACACAAGAACCACCCGUAUGACGCUUCAGGGGCACCAGCAUUGACUCCAAUCAUUGAUAUAUUGGAUGAAAUGGAAGAUAUAUUUAUUCGUCAUGAUUUUGACCAAGAACUUAAGCCUAAUAUGGUCUUGCACAUUGGGAUGGGUGCCACGCGAGCCGAUCAUGGUCAUAUAGGUGUGGCUACUCGGCUGCGUGCAGUGGCAAUGGAUCACGCACGGAAAGCCAAAGAAUUUCAGUACGCAGUUGUGCAAACUACUAAUCCGGUGACACGUCAUAUAUAUCUGAAGAUGGGUGGAAAAAUACUGUCCGAGAUAGACCCAAAUACCUGGAUUUGGAAGAAAAAAAAUUGUACCUUAUAUCCAUACGAAAAACUUAGCAUUGAUCCAAUACCAAAUAUUCUUAUUAAGUUAACUUAA